UUGUUCCUUUUCCGCGCGCGUUAAAAUCCCCUGAAAAGGAACGGUUACUCAGCAUGAUUUAUUUUUCUGAAAUUUCGGCGGGGAAAUGGCGGACUAUGGGUGAAGAAAGCGAAGGAGUUUCGUUUCUUUUCGCUAAACUGUGCGAAUUAUCUUUCAAUAGUGAAGCCAGCGAAACAUGGGAUAUUUAUAGGUGUCCACGCUUCACCAAUCGACGGCAAAGGGCUUUGAAACUGUGCUUGUACGAAACUCUUUUCGAAGAGCUGCGGGCUCCUUGGGUUGAUCAGCUAACUCGAACUCAAUACAAGGGACACCAGUCAUGCUUGCAUGUUGUUGAUAAGCUAUCAAUAGCAGCAUUUGAACUCAGGAUAGCUCGUAGAUUUGACGAUGCAGAUAAACUGGAGCGUUUUGUAUGUCAGUGGAGGGAUUUGGAAGAACCUUCCAGCAGUGCUGUUAAAUUCAACAGCACAGAACUUAGGACAAAUGUUUUAGAGAAGGAAGCAGUGCUAAGAUUCAUUGUUGCCUUAGCUGGAUCAGUUACGAAUGAAUCAACUUCAGUACUUGGCCAUCAGAACAAGUUGUGGGUCACAGAACACAAACAGAUUCAGAAGACAUCUCUCCCAGAAGGACCUCUCUUAAAUACAGACAGCCAACUUGUGAGACAACAUGCAUUGGAAUUUGAGCAUUAUGUCCAUUAUUCAAGGGAACUAUUUGAAUGUCCUCCAGUGCUUUCAGUACUGAGGAAUGGUUCAACACAGGGAAAACACCAUACUGAAACACAGAUCUUUGAUGCAUUGCCAGGAUCAUUUUCUGGGAAAGCAAAGUUCUUUGCCCGAAAGUAUACAAGUGAAGACCGGUAUGAGAAAGAUGGUCGCAGCUCUUUGUUUAGUGCACUGGUGCACAGCCGCACUGACGACAUGCAAGUCCAACUGACUUUACCUGAACUCCGAGGUGCCUCCAAGACACUCCAUUCAUUGGCUACUGAACACCAAGAGAGUGCAGAUGACGAAGGCUUUGAAUCUCUAGAGACAAGCUCCAGCUCAUCCACUACAUCAGAGCAAGCCACACAAGACAACACUGACAUCUGGUCUGCUGCUUUAGCAUUGCCCUCACAAAAAUUUUAUACUUGGGAGAUGGAAGGAAGGCGAGAGCUGUUAGAUGAGAAACCUUAUCUCUCAGAAGCAGGUCCUGCAGUGUUUGAUGCACUGUAUGACACGGUGGUUCAUCAAGUCUCAUACAUAGUGAAAUCUCCUACUUUGAGUCCCAAUAUGGUUUCCUUGCAUGCCCUGAUCAAAGAUUCCAUUAAUGUGCUCAUUGGUGUGCCUUCUGCAACAUUUCAUCGUGAUAAGGCUGCCCAGUCUUUCACUGUCAGUGAACAGGUUCGCUUGUCUGGUACUUCACCAGAGAUGCUUCAUAACGUCUUAGCACAGCUGGCAGCCAUGGGAACAGAUUAUAUUCAGCUCAACAAGUUUGCAACUCACCAAAGAGCCCAUUCUGCUGGCCUUGUUUUACAAGCUUACCUGGGAGCACUGCAAAACUAUUUACAGUGCUACAGAGCUGCUGUUUUGUCUGUGGAAGUUUCUUCAGUGCAAAGUCCUCUGAUGUUGUCUUUUGCUUUUGAGAAUCUAGGAAAGCAACUGAGGUUCCUGGCCAAUGUGUGCAUGUGUUCUCAAGCUUUUAAGAAGGCCCCAGAUGAUCCCAAACCUAAGUUCCCCACAGGUGUUAGACUGUUAACUUACUUGUACCAGUUGUGCUUGGAACACUCUAGUUCCCAGUUUUAUCCCAUCCUGUUGUCCCUUCUAGAACACAGUGUGCUGCCAUAUAUCAAGUUUGUUCAAACUUGGGCUUUUAAAGGCCUUUGUAAUGACAUGUUUGGCGAGUUUAUGAUUGAGAUGGAUGAGCAGUAUUUAGCGUACAGAGAUAAGCACUUCUGGACCCAGGGCUUUGUAAUGGCUGGUCGCGACAAACUUGAUUGUGUACCGUUAUUUUUGGGUGAAUUGGCAGAUGAUAUAUUUGUUUGUGGUAAAACGAUCAACCUGCUGAAGCUUUGCUGCCCUGAGCAUUACCUGUGUGAUCCUGGAAUACCUCUGCCCAAGAUGGAAGUGACAUUUUCCAUGCGGCGACUGAGUAAAAUUGAAGAGGAAUGCAAACAUUACAUGUCUGAAAUACAAAGAAUGCAUCACCAGCUACAAGAACAAAGAGAAAAUGAGAGCAAAGCUAUUGCGGACGAAAAGCAACGGGAAAUUCUUGAAGAACGCGAAAGAGCAGCUCAAGCCUUACUGGAAAUAACAGAGCUUAUACAGAAGGCUAAAGACGCAGUUGAACUAAAAAAGCGGGAAGACUUUAAAAUGUUAAAAGAACAGAUGGAAGAGGGGUUUAAGCAUAAAGCUUUGGCAAGAAGACAAGAACAAGAAGAGGAUGUGAAACGUCUACAGGAAGCAAAGGACAGAGAGGUCACUACCGCCUCGGUAGAGGAAGAGAUGAAGAACAAGGCAAGGGAAGAACUGAUCAAGUACUAUGACGAACUCAGCCGUCAGGUGGAACACAGGGAGUUUCGUGCCCAGUGGCUCAUCCGCCGAAGAUUGCUUGACUCUGCUAGAGCCCAGUUCCUGGCUCAGGAGCAGGCUCGAUGGGACAGCUUAAUGGAUCAGUUGACCCCGGCCUCUAGUCUCCAGACUGCUGUUAAAAGAGCAGAUGAAGGCGAUGUACAGCCUCGGAAAGAAGAGGAGAAACCUGCGGCUGAAGAAAAAGAAGACAAGAAAGUGUCUACGCCAGGUUCAGCUCCGAAACCAAGCCUUGUAUCGCUCAUUGCCAGUGGUGUGAAGACUGAUGCAUUGUUGAGAGCUGAGCAAGGAAAGAACACUUCUGGUUUGUCAGACUCCAUGGCUACAGCAUCGAACGUCGCUGAGCCUGAACAAAGAAUCUUUAAUGGAAACGAAAAUGCACAGGGUGAGAAGCAUAGUGUGGAGGCUGCAUCGAGCUCUGAGGUAGGUACUGCAGACGGCAGAGUCAGAAAGACGUGGAACAGUCCUGAUGCGAGUGCUGUCGAGUUAGGAAAGCUUACAGAAGGAGCGUCAGGCAGAAAAACGUGGGAAGCUCCGCCGGAUGGUGAGGUAACGAUAGCCUCUGUUAACCCAAAGAGCCAUCCUUCAGAUUCCUCCAUACAGUUUGCCAUGUACAGGGAUAAAAAAAAGACUGGUGAGGAAGAAGAGAGGCCUGGGUCUAGUGCGCGUGCAGGUGCUUUGAGAACAAGCACACCUCACACCACUGAUUCGUCUUUACAGAACAUUCUCUACCCCAGUGCAUCCUCAGAUAAACCGGGCCUGGAUACUCAGUUCUCAAGGAUUGCAACCUGGUCUCCAGAUUCGGACGCUGGAGGCCUGCUGACGGGUCAUCCUUCGGAUUCUUCAGCUCAAGAUGUUUUAUAUAGCCGCGUAACGGAAGUGGCGAGUGAAGCUAGGACGCCGUCCUCGCAAGGGCACCCGUCAGACUCUUCUGCACAGCAGCUCCUGUACGGCGGCGUUGAUGAGGAAGAAGCCAACGCUGAAGCUGGCUCUACAGAGUAUGGACACCCGAGUGACUCAUCUGUUAGCGACCUCUUAUACCCCACUGCUCUGGACACGCCCACUCAGCAAACCCCUCGUCUGCCCCGACACGGUCACCCUUCCGACUCUCAAGUAUCUCUUUCGCACAGGGACAGUGAUGGUCUAAACGUGGCGCAAGUCAUUCAGCACAGUUCUAGAUCAACGUGGCAACAUCCUUCUGAUUCGUCAGUACAGACGCUUCUGGGAAACAUAACUUUAUUAGGAGACAGCCAAACAAGGACUCGUGGGACCCCUCCCGCUAGCGUGGCUCAAGCCAUUUUGUAUCCUAGUCUUGAUGAACAAUCAACGUCUUUUGUCUCACACGCCCUUGGCACCCCACCCCAGAGUGUAGCCCAGGACAUUUUGUUCCCAAGAGGGGAUAAGUCAGGGCAAUUCUCCGGGGUAGCAUAUACUCGUGGGGCCCCUCCCUCGAGUGUUAUUCAGGACAUUAUGUAUCCAAGUGAGGAGGAGUCGGUAGCACAGAAGCCGAACUUGUCAACUCGUGGACAUGAGCCUGCGAUUAAGAUCACAAAUAUCAUGUAUUAUGUCAAAGACGAAAAAGGUAAAACAGACACAGAACCAGAAUCAAGGCAGAUGGAGUUCGAGGAUGUGUGGUUAGCUUCUCAAGUGGAGCCACUUCAAGACAACUUUGAUGUGUUAGACAAGAAACCCUCGUCGAAUCUGCUCCAAGGAGCCUACGGUUCAUUUCCAGUUACACCAGGCACGGAUGUUGACGAUGAUGACACAGACGCGGCACAGCUGAUGUCACUUCCGGUUUUACUUCAGAGAUCUGUCAUGGCUCCACUUCUUGCUCAGAUUUCGUUGGUGAAAUCUGCUAUUGUGAUGUACUUCAUUGAGGAUCUGCACAUCAACAGACACUUUGACUUGUUCAAGAAACUGCUCUUCAUGGAGGACGGUGAAUUUUCUCUUUCGCUUUCCAACCAACUGUUUGAAAAGCUUGCCUCAGGGGUGUCCCCACGGGAGAUGUGUUCUGCUACAGUGAUGAAUUCCAUUGUGGGAAAAGCUCUUCAGUUAUCCGUGUACUCCGACACUACAGAGCAUGCGCAAAACCUCGCCUUUGCCCUCAAAAGCCUGCCUGAUUUAUUUAAACCGAAUGAAAUGGGUACCCUAGACUUUCUUGAGCUGCGAUACAGAGUGGAUUGGCCGCUAAAUAUUGUCAUCACAGAGAAAUCCGUGGUCAGGUACAACAAGAUAUUCUCAUUCAUGUUGAGGUUAAAACGUCUUUCGUGGGUUUUACGAGAUAUUUGGUUUCAUAUGAAACACAUCGCUUACUCUCGCAACGCGGCAGGGUCACCUCAACUUCGUCAGCUGCAGCUUUUUAGACAUGAGAUGCAGCAUUUUGUACAUAACCUUGAGGGUUACCUGUCAAACCAGAUUCUCAAUGUCACGUGGUCGGAGUUUCAAGAAGGACUUCUUAAUGUACGAAGCCUGGACGACCUGCACAACCAUCACGCCGAGUACCUAAGAAAAGCUAUUUUCCGUUCAUUGUUGAGUCGAAAAGCCGCGCCUGUGAUGACCAUUAUCACUGACUUAGGCACACUCAUACUCAAGAUGCGCACCCAACUAUUGGCAUCUCCAUGGCAACAAAACACUAGCACGGGCCACGUGACUCACCCCGCGUUUGACGUCAUGUGUAACACUCAUAAGGCCUUCAAGGAGUAUGCAAGCUUCCUAUUUACAGUGGUAAGCAAGCUUGUUCGCCGAGGAUACCAGUCUCACUUAGCUGACUUCCUUCUCAGAAUCAAUUUCAACAACUUUUACAACGUGGAGUAAGACCCUUGUAACGUGACCUCGCGCAUGACCACAUCAGACCUCGUCAUCACACUGCUGACAAAAGGAACGAGGACUCAGUCUUCUUCUUCGAAGUAGUGUUGAUGACUGAAGGUCUUCCGUGUUAAAGCGGGGAAAGAAAUCUCAAGAUCUGCUUGCUUCACUAUGUAUUGGUUCACGAGAAAUAGACCGAAAUGGGAUUUUGCUGGUUUUUUUCUGCACAUAUUCUUCACGUGUUGUUUAGGCUGCUUUACGUAUCGCAAAAGCUGAUGAGGUCGAAAGAUUCUUCUGCCUCCAGGCUAGGAUAAAAUAUUUUUUGAACUGUAAGGUUAGUAGUCCCACAUCACAAAGGGAGUAAUAAAACUUGCUCUUCAGCAAA